AUGGUAGAAGAGUCAGAAGAACUACUUUUCGACCCUGAAAGCAUUUCCAAUCUUCCCGACCACCUUCUCGUCUACGAAUACCAAGCAGGAGGUCACGGAUCGCUAGCUAAAUGGGCGGACUACAAGAUGCUUCGACAUCCCCAAGAAUCAAUCGUCUACAAGAGGCUACCGCCAGACAAGCGAGGUGUUCUAGAGGCCAAUUUCUACUUCAAAGUCUUUAAGGUGGACGCUCCACCUGAAAUUGCAAAAUUGAGAUCUAUUGUGCCCGCAUUUCACGGUCUCUUUCGAGAUUCAAAUGCUGGUCUCUACAUUGGGUUGGAAGACGUUUUGGCCGGUUUAACGAAUCCUAGUGUCUGCGACUUGAAGAUGGGCCGCGUCGCCUGUCCACCCGAUGCAAGUGAGGCUAAGAUUAGAGCUGAAAACGCUAAAUAUGCCCAUCGUGACACUGUGGGAUUCCUCUUUACUGGCAUGAAGGUCUAUGACCAGAAGUCGAGGCGUUAUCUGACGGUUCCUCGGCACUAUGGUCGCAGUUUGGACUCUGAAUCAGUCUAUUUCAACGCUCUGCUGCCAUUUCUACAGGGCAACCUCCGCUUGGCACAAGCCUUCUUGCCUCGUCUGGAAUCCGUGCGGUCGAUAUUUGAGGAUGUACCACGUCCACCAAUGGGGUUCUAUCGUUCUUCUUUGAUAUUGGCCUAUGAUCAGUAUCAGUCAAACGUGGUUGUUCGCUUGGUGGAUUUUGCACAUUGGAGACCAAUUUCCGAGAUUGAUGAUCCUUCCGGCAUCAUUCAUGGACUAAAUACUCUCAUAAGUUUUUUGAGUCGCGCUGAUGUUCUUCCUAGCGUCGGCUACUUUGCUCCAUUCACUGUGAUUCAGUAA